AUGGGUGAAGCAAUGAGAGGUAAACCCAGUGAAAUCGAGCAUCUCUCUCUACCAAUGGCUGGGUACCCGAUAGAUCUGUUGAAGAGAUUCACGUCUGUGAGUAAUCGGUCGAUCAAAAUUGAGGCUGAAACCGAAGAUGGUGAAGGAAUCGAACUGAAUCUUGGGCUUUCUUUAGGUGGUUGCUUUGAGGUAGACCCCAAGGAGAAGAGGCAGCUCAUACGUUCAUCUUCGGUCGCUGAGUUAACGACUUUUUUGCGGGAAGAUGAUGAUGUUACUCCACCACCUGUUGCGCCUUUGCCCAGAACCCGUUCGUUGCAUACUGAGACAGAAGAAGAACGGAGGAAACGGAAGGAGUUACAGUGUCUGAGGAGGAUGGAGGUGAAGAGGAAGAGAUCAAAAAAACAAAGGAACUCAGAAACAAAUUCAAAACUGAAGACAGCCGGUUUUCGGUUCAACUGGGAGAAGACGUUCAACGACUCAGAUUGUGUUUGGUGA